AUGAUGGAUGGAAUAAGCAAUGGAGGCAUGUUGUAUCACGAGGUACAGGAAUCGAAGCUCUGUGCUGUUCAUUGCAUUAACACUGUUCUUCAAGGGGCUGGUGAUUUGUUUUCUCAUAAUGUUUCUCUUGACGGUGAUUUCAGCAUCCAGGUUUUACAAAAGGCUUUGGAGGUGUGGGACCUACAAGUCAUUCCCCUUGAUUCUCCAGUUGCCGAGCCGGCCCAGGUUGAUCCCGAGCUGGAAAAUGCUUUCAUUUGUCAUUUGCAAGAUCAUUGGUUUUGUAUCCGCAAAGUGAACGGAGAGUGGUAUAACUUUGACAGUCUCUAUGCAGCUCCGCAGCACCUUUCCAAGUUUUACCUUGCAGCCUAUCUUGACUCUUUGAAAGGCUCUGGAUGGAGCAUAUUCCUGGUGAGAGGAAAUUUUCCGAAAGAGUUUCCCAUCUCUUCGUCCGAAGCUUCCAAUGGUUUCGGCCAGUGGCUUUUACCCGAAGAUGCUGAGAGAAUAACUAAAUCUUGUAACUCAGUACAGCAGGCUCCACAACAAGAAAGAGUCGCGGAAAGGCAACAAUAUUCGAAUCAGUUUCUUUCACGCGAGGAAGCUGAACUGUUUUCGGACAUGGAAGAUGAGGAUCUAAAGGCAGCUAUAGCAGCUAGUCUCAUGGAUUCAACCUCAGUUGUGACCAAUAUUGCUGAAGCUAGUAAUCCUCAAAAUAAUGACAAGCAAAAGAGUAUACAAGCGGAAACCAUUGAAGAAGCUAGUGUACCUCCCAGUGAUAAAACCGACGAACACUCGGAAGCUAUUGAAGCCGGUGCUCUUCUGAAUGAUAAAAACAAUCAACAAGCCGCGUCUUCUUUAGGCGGUGAUAACUCUCAAACGGAAAACCAGAAUAAAGAGAACACUCUCUGA